AUGGGGGACAUGGAUGCUCUGACCUUCGCGUAUGUCUGGCUGGAUGAAACUCAUCGCACAGCACGUCUCUGGCCGAGCUUGGCGACCAAUCUUGGCGUUGGUGUGCUUCGGCUUGAGCCCAUUUUGGUUCGACGAGCGGUCUCCCCAGCGGUGCGCAACAGCCGAAGAUCUUUCGAGUGCAAAUGCCUUGCUGACACCAGCGAGGAUGUUGGCCAGGCGGUCGACGCCCUCACGGCGGACCGGUUCGUGGUGUAUCCGGCUGCAACCGGGAGCAUCCUUGCACAUUCAGACGGUCGCUGUGGCCGGCCGGCAGCGAUGGCCUCUUGGCGCCAGGGGGUGUGCCACCAACCGGUGGUGGCCGCCGAGCCUGCUGCUGGUCGCUUGCCCCUUGGUGCCGCCUUUCAGUCGUUGAUUAGCCUUGCUAGAGAGCCAGCGGCUUAUCCUGGUGCCGGCCCCUGGUGGCCGCCACACGGCCCCCCGGCGCCGGUUCCCGUCAAUGAGCCGCCCGGGGAGCGCAUCCAUAGGGAGGCCACUGACAUGUACCACCGCAUGGUCUCCCAGGAAGUCUCCUGUGCAGUCGCGGAUACCCUUGCAAGGUCCAUGGCCAUCUAUGUCCGCCCACUUGCACCUCGGGAAGGCGAGCACCCCUGGACGGUCUACGUCAGUCAGGACUUAGCAGACGAAGGCUCGGCGGCCGAGGAGGUCAGCGAGGAUGCUGGGCAUGGGGCAGCUUCCGAGGGCCAUAAGACGGGCCGUCGCGGCUAUGCAGCUCUGGGCGGUUCGCUGGUGAUGUUGGUUGCAUCCACUCUUGGCCACAUCACGCUAUUGUGCUCGAUGGCUAUUGGUCUGGUCAAUCAAAACACAGAAGACGAGAUCCUGCGACUUAUCAAGGAGGAACGGGAAAUCAACCAGGUCGCAUGUGCACGAGUGCUGUACGGCUACGAGCACCCGUGCUCAGAGACGGUGCGGAGUUUCGCCGCAUCUGCAUCGCGCAGCCGCGACACCGUCUGUGCGAUGCUGUGCGAGGGGAUGACGGAACGCGGCGGCUGCAACGCUGAAGCCCUCACCCGCUUCAACAUCCAUCACCACGCGCCAUGCGGUGUCGUUGACGCUGCGUUGCUGAUGCGUUCGUGCACGAUAUGGGCACUUCGUCCGACUCAUGGACGCAAUGAGUUGCCCAUCGAUUCAGGGCUGAAACCGGCCACCCACUUCAAUGCGACGCCCGACAAGUUUGACACGGUGCGCAAGCUGGUGCGCUGCAACCAGUCCUUUUGUCGUGUAGGACGGCUAAUGGCAGCGGUGCUGCUGAAGACGUGGCAGAUGAAGAUCCAAGGCUUUUUGCCGAACGACGGGUUGGAAGACGUUGAAGGCCCUUGCUUUGCGCUAGACAAGCUGUGGCACACGAUGGUUGGAAGGUGGUUCGGAUUGGAUUCGAGAUCUCGCUUCAUGAACCAACGAGUGCUGGGCUGGGUGUCAAGCGUUAUGCCGUUGGCCAAACCAUAUUUGACAUUUGGCUAUGAUUUGGGCAGCUAUUCGUCAACAUCGCGAGCUGAACAAGUGGAAAGUGCGCUGAGGUGGUUUCAUGACGCAGUGAAGCUGGUCCAAAGCCUCGGCAGUUGCCGGCGCGGCCUUGGGAGGCCGUUGGCUCUACCCACGACAGCCUGCAACCGCGACGGCCCGCCGUUGAACACCGUGCCGCACCUAGAUGCCAUCGCCGGCCACAGCGGCUUGUGUUGCGUCCGCAAAACGGGCAGUUGCCGGCGCGGCCUUGGGAGGCCGUUGGCUCUACCCACGACAGCCUGCAACCGCGACGGCCCGCCGUUGAACACCGUGCCGCACCUAGAUGCCAUCGCCGGCCACAGCGGCUUGUGUUGCGUCCGCAAAACGGGACCGCCUAGAGUAGUUAACUGCGACCGUGGCCAGUACUCCUUCUUCGUUGGGCAGCUGGAGAAGUCCGUAAAAAAAUUCCCGCUAUCCGUCCAGCAAAACAAGGAUUCGAACCCGCUGCCUGUGUGCAAGCAUGCCGACAUUGACAUCGCCCAUGUCAACAUAUUCGUUCAAGAAACGGUUUACCGAAUGUUUGCACAUGGCACUGGCGAAGCACGCCGCACACUCACUGGACAGCGAAACAUGCCAACGCCGGGCGAUGCCGAGCGGGCCGAUGCAAGCACACGACAUGACAACGACAGUCGCAGAGGUCAGUUGGACGACGGUGUUGCUCUUCAUCUUUCCUUCGUGCCUGGACUGUUGGCCAGGGACCAGCCAUCACUGCCACCCACAGCCGGCUGCGUGCUGAACCUCAUGAGGUCGCUCCAACACUUUUGUGACCUGAGUGCGUCGCCCAUGGUACAUUCCACGCCAUUUGUUGGUAAAGCAGCCCUCCUCUUGGCCCGGCAAGCCUACCAACGGGCGGACCGAUUGGGCGAGGAGCACCCAGAAGCAUUAGCGGCAACCUACCAUCUGGCACAAGCGCUCGCCGGAGAAGGUUGCCACAGUGAAGCAACGAAGCUUUUUGAGUACCUUCAGACAGUGUACAAUCGCAAAAAGGGCGAGUCCCACAUGGAUACCCUGGCCGUCUGCAGUGCCUGGGCUCUGUCCUUGUGUGCUCUGGGAAAGCACGAUGACGCGGCGACUUUUCAGGACUCCACACUGACGAAGUUGCGAAGCAAAGUCGGGAGCGGCCAUCCACGCUCCAUGACGGAGGCCAACAAUCUGGCUUUGACGCUAACGCAUUUGGGUCGGCACGAUGAAGCCCUUCCGCUUUUUCGGGAAGCUUUCGAGUACAACGAGCGGACAACGGGAAGCAGCAGCCAAGAGUGGAUUACCGCCGCCAACAACUUGGCUGGCAGCCUCUGCCAGGCCGGGGACCUCGAGGAAGCCGCCGAGGUGUUUUUGAAGGCCGUCGGGAGUGGCAGGCGUGUGCUGGGAGAACGACAUCCGCUGUCCAUCAAGUCCGCCAGCAACCUCGCCGUGGUGCUUCAAAGGCUGGGCCGCCUCAGCCAGGCUGCCGAGGAGCAGGCCAAGCUGGUUUCCCUGCUCGAGGAGACUCGAGGAAGAGAUGAUGCCCAGACUCGAUGCUCAGCGCUUUUCGGUUCACGAUCUCGCGGGGAGGCAAGGGUCCUUCUGGAGUUCGAGUAA